CGCGUCAUUCCGCUGGUGUCUCCUUUUGGCGGCUAUCGCGCCAAAGAGCUCGAUCUUUUCUCAUCUUCGUCUUCAUCUGGCAUUUCCACCAGGCGUCUUCGUCGCUCUCGUCACCCUUGGCCUCUCCCUCUCUCUUUCGCUCCAGCGUCGCGAUCGUCAGAGGGGAUCCCGCUGCACCGCCACCGACUUGGCCACGACUCCGACGAGUUUCAGUGUCGCGGCGACUACAGACGACUACGGCAGUGCGCGCGGAAAACAGGUGCAAGCAGUACGGAGAGAAAAUGUCUUCGUGCGUUACGUUCAGCGUUUUCCUCGGUACGCUACUGAUAAUCGCCACAAUUCCCGAUGCGGCGUCUUUCUCCAAAUAUGGAAGAACCUGCAAGGACAUCGGCUGUCCUAGCGACCAGGUCUGCGUGAUGGCUGAGGAUCCUUGCAACAGUUACUCGGACGAUAAAUGCGGACGAUAUCCGACAUGCCAGAAAACAAGCGGCCUAAGUUGCGCCAGUAUGGUUUGCGGCCACAACGAGUACUGCAAGAACGAGAAUGGUGCACCACAGUGCGUGAGGAAGAGCACAGAAUCAGAUGACGAAUUGUUCACAGAAGACGACGAAAUGGAGGCGCGAGUAGUUCCGAAACGCCAGAGUGGUUACCCCACGGAAACCGAGGCACGUGGAUCGCCGGAUAUCACUUCGAAAAGCCCCAACGGGCACUCACAACCCGGUAGAUCCUCCGGAUAUCCGUCUGGCUCAGGAUAUCCUGCCAAUAGCGGCUAUCCAGACUCCGGAACUUCCGACUCAACCUCCACUAGUCAUUCCCGACCUAAUAACCCGCCUAGUAACUCUGGCUAUCCUUCUAGUGGAUCUUCCGGUUAUCCUUCCAGCGGGUCAUCCGGUUAUCCUUCCAGCGGAUCAUCCGGUUAUCCUUCUAGUGGCUCAUCCGGUUAUCCCUCCAGCGGAUCAUCCGGUUAUCCUUCCAGCGGAUCAUCCGGUUAUCCUUCUAGUGGCUCAUCCGGUUAUCCCUCCAGCGGAUCAUCCGGUUAUCCUUCCAGCGGAUCAUCCGGUUAUCCUUCUAGUGGCUCAUCCGGUUAUCCUUCUAGAGGAUCAUCCGGUUAUCCCUCCGGCGGAUCAUCCGGUUAUCCUUCCAGCGGAUCAUCCGGUUAUCCUUCCAGCGGAUCAUCCGGUUAUCCCUCCAGUGGCUCAUCCGGUUAUCCUUCCAGCGGAUCAUCCGGUUAUCCUUCCAGCGGAUCAUCCGGUUAUCCCUCCAGUGGCUCAUCCGGUUAUCCUUCCAGCGGAUCAUCCGGUUAUCCUUCCAGCGGAUCAUCCAGUUAUCCUUCCAGUGGAUCAUCCGGUUAUCCUUCCAGAAGUGGUUCCGGUUAUCCGGCAGGAUCGGGAUAUCCAAGCGGGUCUUCUGGAUAUCCAGAUAACUCGAGGAACCCAUCCGGCGAGACGACAGCCAGGCGAACCGGCGUUAGCACCGUAAACGCUGGCAAUCCGCGUCCAUCCGGAUAUCCGCAGGAGAAUCCGGCGUCUCGCGGUAGCAGUUAUCCGACUCAGAACGCGGGGUAUCCGUACGGUACUCAGCGUUCUCCGCAGCAUCAAGGUUACCCGCAAGGCUACCCGCAGUCCAAUACAGGUUAUCCGCAAGGAUAUCCGCAGGGCUACCCUCAGGGAUAUCCGCAAGGAGGUUACCAACAAGGAUAUCCACAGGGAUAUCCGCAAGGAGGUUACCAACAAGGAUAUCCACAGGGGGGAUACCCGCAAGGAGGAUAUCGGGGCUCGAAUUAUAUCACGACCACCAAUCGGCCUGGUUUGCGUGAUCAAUUGGCGCAAUAUCUUCCGACGAACUUAGUGCGAGACAUUGCGGGAAGGGUGCUGACACAGGCGAUAGUGGACCGUGUCACCGGAAGGCGCCAAAACAGAGAAUCUUAGCGUCUCGAUUUUAAAAGAUAAUCUAGGUGAAGAUGUUGUGCCACGAGUAUAGAGCCCACGUGAAAGCACACAGUGCUUUCACCGUUGUAUCAUUAUUAGACCUGCUUUUAGAGCACUUCUGAUGUGUAUGUCUAUCAGAAAGGACGAGGAAAAAUUAUUGUUGUUAUAUAUAUUAUUGCUUAUAUAUGUUACUGGUGUUAUCGUAUUUAAUAAAGUUAAUGUUAAUCGCA